AUGACGGUGUUGGCGGACAAAGUGAGGUAUGUUCUUGGGGAUGGGAACUUAAUCUUGUUUUGGGAUUCUGUUUGGCAAGGAGAUGUUUCUUUCAGAGCAUCUUUCCACGAUCUGUAUGUUAUUAGUAAGAAGAAAAAGGCGAAGGUAGGCGAUAUGGGAGAGUUGAUUGGAAAUUUUUGGGCCUGGGGUGAUCUGGGUUGCGAGGUCCAGCAUUCGGAAGGCGUAGUCGGGGGGCUGCUGCAGCAGCAGCUUUUUUCAAUUCUUUCGAUCCUUGGCCCUGUGUCGCCGGACAGGAAUCGUUCUGAUUCUUUGUCUUGGAUUUGCGAUGUGGACAGGGGUUACACUUCGAAGUCCAGUUACGAUCUUUUGAUCAGUAGAGGAAUACCGGAAUGGGAGGAGGAUAACAAAGCCGACACCUUCGUGGAUUUGUGGUCAAUGGAUAUCCCCUUCACUGUUAGAGCCUUUAUCUGGAGGUGUUUUCUCAACAGAGCUCCUACAAAAGAUCAGCUUCUAUCUCGCGGUAUUUCUAUCCUUAACGAUGAUUAUAAUUGCGUUUUCUAUUCGGAAAAUCAGGAAUCCGUUUGCCAUCUUUUGUUUAGUUGUUCUGUAUCGACUCUGAUUUGGAAAAACAUGGUGGAAUGGACCGGUUUGGAUCUGAUUUCAGACCCUUGUAUCUGGAGGAAUUUUCGGAUUUGGGGCAACGGUGUAAGGAGAUACGGCAUAAGUAGGAGGAAGAUGGGAAUGAUUUGGGCAGCGGUGGUUUGGGAAAUUUGGAAGCUUCGGAACAAUAUCAUCUUCAACGGAGGCAUUUGCAACAUUAACGAUCUCUCGUGGAAUAUUAAACUAUCAGCGUGGAAGUGGUUAUCCAUCGGUAAAAUUGCGAACACCAAGUGUAAUUUCUACGAGUUUAGUAGAAAUCCGCUCCUUUACUUUAAGUAG